UAUAAAAGUGACGAAAACCACGUGCCGAUUUCCAGUGGCUGAGCGAAAACUGAAACUCAUCAUGCUGCUCAAAAUCGCGUUUUUCCUGGCAGCAAGUGCAACUUUGGCAUUGGGCUUGAAAUCUGAUCUAGAAGCCUUGCUCACGCUGUACAAUACAGUGGACACUGUCAUUAAAUCUGAGCAUCGCGAGGCCCAGAUUGAGAUCAGAGCCCGCUCAGUUCCGCUCAAUUUCUACAUCAAUCAAGUGAGCGGCUAUGUGUAUGGAAAUCUGUCCCAGGCUGCUGAGCCCUACUGGGAAAGGAUUGCUUCCUUCGAAGAACAAGCUGAAAUUAUCGAUAGGAACAUUACAAAGUGUUUGGAUGAGGGCCACAGCCAAUUCUACAUGCUCAACGGCACCAUAAUAAGGGCCCCGAUCAGUCAACUGGAGGCCUGCAGGGAGGAUGGAACUGAAAUCAUCCUCGCCAGCAGUUCGCUGUCCAACAGCGUCAUCAGCGAGUUGCUGGAGCUGGAAGUGGAAGUUCGGGCCUGUUCAAACAACACGUGCGCUCAACAGCUGCAAGUGACUUUGAGGGAGUUUUACGUCAGAGGCCUCCAAACCAUUGCGACAGCAAUCAGCAAUGCGACGGAUUACGUCUUUGAAGUGCUGCCUCAGAAUCUGGCGGUGAUCAACAUAGACCGGCCCACCUACACGCGACUGUUCAACCGAAUUCUCGAUCAAAUCAAGAUAUGUAUUUAUGGCAGAACGCAAUAAAACAACAACUAGUCUCCA